AUGCUACACAGCAUGGACUGUUAUAAUAAAAGUGGAGGUAAUAUCAUCUCGCAGCAAUAUACCCUCAACUUCGAUUCCCCGAUAUACUUGUGCUCGGACGAGGAGAGUCAGGCGUACAUAGAUACCUCAGAGGUGCAGGUGAAGAGGUACAACGAGACUACCGUCGUGAUGACUGGCAUCUUCAAGCUGUUGAAGGCAUUCGAGCAGGGCACCAUGAUUGAAAUAAUAGCAGAAAAAGAGGCCGGAGGAGUCUACGAGAUGGUGUUCUCCCAUGAGAUUUGUAACAUCUGCAAGGAGUUGACGAACCCUGAAAGCCUAUACAAGACUUACAUGGGAUAUUUUGGGUUCCCUGCGGAGUGUCCAUUUGAACCUGUAAGUCAUCAAUACAUUCACUGGCGUCCACAAUAUAGCGUUAUCACAAAUUUCCAGAACGACUACAACAUCAACGACCUGGUGACGGACACCGAAGCUCUGCCGCUGAACAUAGCGACAGAAGGCCGGUACCAGGUCACCAUGAAUAUGUACAAGAGCGAUGAAGACAAGUGUCUAGAGGACAAGGAAUUUCUUGCGUGUUUAAAACUUGAUUUUCUUGUUGAAACUGUAUAA